GUUCCCGCUUCAUCUGCCAGUGUGUGAGGCCACUGCGCCUCUGGAUACAGGACUCAACUUUCCUCCACCAGGAGAGUCUGGAUAGAAACGAUGGUUCGUUAGAAAAGGGGUCAAGGUGAAAUAAAGUAGAGACGAAAGCAAGAGAAAGGAAAAUCAGUCUGCCAGAUAAAGCCAAUAUGAACCCCAUACGGAAAGACAUGGAGUUACUGAGUAACAGCAUGGCUACUUAUGCCCAUAUAACAGAGAACAUGGAGAGCUUUGCGCUGUACUUCACGCUGGGCGUGUGUUCAGGUCUUCUGCUGGCCCUUGUCCUCCUCAUAUUGGGCAUCGCCUGCCGACCGCGUUCAAAAACAAAAACACCCUCCUCACCAGACAAGAGACGGCUGAAAGAGUCCAGCGAGGAUGAGGAGGAGGAAGACAAGGAAGAGGACCAAAGUGAGGAAGAUGACGACGAGGACCUAGAAGUCCCAGUGGUCACCGUGAGUCCCUUGAGUGAUCAGACCCAGUUAAAUGGAACCAUUAAGAGUGUGAACGUGUUUGCUUCAGCGGAGGAGCUGGAGAGAGCCAGGAGACUGGAGGAGAGAGAACGGAUCGUCAGGGAGAUCUGGAGGAACGGACAGCCGGAUAUACUCGUCACCGGCACAGGAACACUCGGACGAGUUCACUAUCACUAGCGUUUUGUGUGCUGGACGCAGUUGUUUCAUGCAGAUAUGGAAUGCCACAGGACCUGUGCAACAUACUUGGGUGUAAAGUUCCUUUAAAAUGGGACGGAUUGAGUACAUUCUUAAAAAUAUGGCUUCCAAAGGGAGGUUUUUACAGCAAUGCCAUCAAAGAACCAUUUUGUAUUUCCCAAAGAACACUUUCAGAGAUUCAUUUUUUCUUAGUGUGAAGAACAUUUUAAAGGUUUUUCACUGAACCACUGAUGCCAAUAAAGAAGCUUAAUUUUUAAGAGUAGGCCUACAUUUAAUCCCCAUAAUUCUGUUUUGAAGUCGUUUUCACAAGCCCUUGCU